AUGGUAAUGGAUGGGCCUUUCAGAAGGGAUGGUUUCUACAUUGACUGCCACUGCGGUGCAGAUUCUUUGCUCCUGGUGGGAAGGGGGGACAAGGUUCCAUUGCUAUGCUGGGGUAACUGUGCCUGUCCCUUCCUCCUGGCAGACCAGGUACCCACGCCUCCCAUCCUGCCCCCACGCAACAUCCUCAUGGCAUUGCCAGGCAGCGAGACAAAGGACGUGUCUUCUCUCCCUGAAAACUCCAGGGUGGCAGAUGUCAACAAGCUGUCCCUUUCUGAGACACUACUCCAGCGACUGCAGUACCAGGACACAAGCAGUGUCUCUGAUGAGCACCUUAAACUCAUCCAGGAUUACCUGCGAGUUCACAUCAUCAGUGACUUAGAGAUGGUGCAGACCGGUUCAAGCAAUCUUCCCCAGCUGAAGAAGCUGCUGGCACUUCUUUGCAAAGGACUCUUCAGUGAAGCCUCCCGGACCCUUCCAUCUCUGGAGUCCAUCCAGAAGGUGUUUGAGCAGCAGCUGCACCCUGGCAUCCAUCAGCGCUCACAGAUGCUUGGUGAAGCCAGUCCAGUCAAUAUUGUACUGAAACUCAAUCAGCUGAUCUCAUUGCUGUCUUCCAUUGAGGAGAAGGUGAAAACACUGUUGAUCGAAGGUCCUGAUUCAACACACCGCCGUUCCCUCAUCCCCCCUGUAACUUUUGAGGUGAAAGCCGAUUCUCUGGGAAUUUUCUCAAAAAUACAUCUCAAGGUUGACGUGGAAAUGGGAAAACUGAUUAUCAAGAGAGCUAAGGAUGGCCCAGAAGACAAAUUUUAUACUCAUAAGAAAAUCUUGCAGCUUAUCAAGUCUCAGAAGGUCCCUAACAAACUGGUCAUCGUGCUGGAAACAGAAAAAGAAAAAACACAGCGGAAGGAAUAUGUUUUUUCUGAUUCCAAGAAGAGAGAAGGGUUCUGCCAGCUUCUGCAGCAGAUGAAGAAUAAACACUCCGAGCAACCAGAGCCUGAUAUGAUCACUGUCUUCAUUGGGACCUGGAAUAUGGGCGCUGCUCCUCCCCCAAAGAAGAUCACCUCGUGGUUUCUCUCCAAGGGGCAGGGGAAGACCCGAGAUGACACCGCUGACUACAUUCCUCAUGACAUCUACGUCAUUGGCACUCAGGAGGAUCCCCAAGGAGAGAAGGAAUGGCUGGAGACCCUGAGACAAUCCCUGCAGGAAAUCACCAGCAUCAGCUUCAAAGUGAUAGCAAUCCAUACCCUGUGGAAUAUCAGGAUUGUUGUACUGGCCAAGCCAGAACAUGAGAACCGGAUCAGCCACAUCUGCACAGACAACGUGAAGACAGGCAUUGCCAACACACUGGGUAAUAAAGGAGCUGUGGGGGUGUCGUUCAUGUUUAAUGGAACCUCCUUUGGGUUUGUUAACAGCCAUUUGACUUCAGGAAGUGAAAAGAAACACAGACGCAACCAGAACUACACGAGCAUCCUGCGCUUCCUGACGCUGGGAGAUAAGAAACUGAGUCCGUUUAACAUCACUCAUCGCUUUACUCACCUCUUCUGGCUGGGAGACCUGAACUACCGCGUGGAGCAGCCCCCAACGGAAGCAGAGAAUAUUAUCCAGAAGAUCAGGCAGCAGCAAUAUCCGGAGCUGCUGGCUUUCGACCAGCUUCUCAUAGAGAGAAAGGACCACAAGGUGUUCCUGCAGUUUGAGGAAGAAGAGAUUACUUUCGCUCCCACCUACCGUUUUGAAAGGGGGACCCGAGAGAAGUAUGCUUACACCAAGCAGAAAGCAACAGGGAUGAAGUACAAUUUGCCAUCCUGGUGUGAUCGAGUGCUCUGGAAAUCAUACCCCAUGGUGCACGUUGUGUGUCAGUCCUAUGGCUGCACCACCGACAUCACCACCAGUGACCACAGCCCUGUCUUUGCCACCUUUGAAGUGGGAGUGACCUCACAGUUUGUUUCAAAGAACGACUCCAAGUACAUGAACACCCAAGGGGAGAUAGAGUUCCUGCACUGCUUCGCUACGCUGAAGACCAAGUCUCAGACCAAGUUCUACAUUGAAUUUCACUCCAGCUGCUUAGAAAGCUUUGUAAAGAGCCAGGAAGGAGAAAAUGAGGAUGGAAGUGAAGGGGAGCUUGUGGUCAAGUUUGUGGAUGCUCUUCCAAAGCUGACUCCAAUUAUUUCAGACCCAGAAUACCUUCUGGAUCAACACAUCCUGAUCAGCAUUAAGUCAUCAGACAGUGAUGAAUCUUAUGGGGAAGGCUGCAUUGCCCUGCGAAUAGAAGCAACAGAAUCCUUAGUUCCUAUCCAUACUGUGCUGACACACCAUGGUGAGAAAACAGGGGUCUUCCAAGGUGAAAUCAAGUUACAAACAUCACAAGGAAAACAAAGAGAGAAACUGUAUGAUUUUGUCAAGAUUGAACGUGAUGAAAUUGCUGGGCAGAAACCAAAGAACACGAACAACUUAGAGCUGAACAAAGACAGCGAUCAGCUUAGCAGAAAAUCAAAAUCUACUCAUCUGAUGGCCAAAGAGGCUGCAGCCAUUGCUCGCUAUAGGGGGAAUGCUUCCUCUUCUCCAGACAGCCUGGCAAAGGAGGAUAUGUUACGCUGCACUCCCACAGACAUCAGCAACCCCAACUACCUGGGGAUGGCUGCUUUCCCUCAGCAACCAUUUGCUGCCAGCCAGCUGAAGCAGGCACCGUCACCAGACCAGCCAUCCUCUCUCUGGAACUACGAGCAGCAGCCCAAAGACAGCAGCUCUGUCAUGGGACAGAGAGAGUCAUCCUCCACAUCGCCCUCCUUGUCCCCUCUGUCUCCAAAACCACCUCUGCAGACUCCAGUGAACAGAAGCAUCUGUAAUAGGAGUCAGGAGCACCUGCCACCUGACCUGGGGAAGAACAUGGCAGAGCCUUUGCUUCAAGAAGAGGGACAGCAAAAGCCAGAGAUGUUUGAGAACCCCCUGUAUGGUUAUACGGCCUCUAAGGGCAAGGCGGCACCAAAGAAAGAGCAGGACUACCCCAAGGCCUCGCGAAAAGAGCAGCUACCACUGCCUGAGCAGAGCUUUCACCUCACGAAGUCACAGGAGCCAGAGGGCAGCAAGAGCUCCAGCAAACAGCCAUCGCCGCCCUUCCUGGUCCCCACGCAGCGCUUUCGCUCCUACACCUGCUCCAGCCAGUCUGAAGAAAAGAAUAUGGGCGAAAAGACUCAAGGCAAACCAAAGGCGGCUGCGUCGUCCGAAAACUCAGCGCUGCUCAAAAAAUCGGUCAAGCCAUUGAGGUCUGAGGUCAGCCCGGGUGUCCAAGGACAGCUCAGCAGGCCACCCCUGCCCUCCAAGAGCCGGGCAGUGCUGGACAUGCAGAGCUCCAAGGGCCGAGACUACCGGGACAGUUCUGAGCUGCCGCACGCCGGCAAGCAUCGGAUAGAAGAGGGACCGCUCGGCAGGACAGCCACACCGUGAAAGCAACGUGGCAGAUGGCACUCUGGGAAGAGACCUGAUGGGAAGAAAGAUGGAGAUUACCGCCUUGUUCGCACUGAAAACCUCUGGUCUGGUUCUACAGAGACUGGGGGUCUUUAUUUCUGAGAGUGUAUCUCUCUAUGAUAAUGAAAGUGUUCUCGCUGAGAAGUUUAGCCUGUGUUGCUCAGACCAAGAGGGGCCAGGACCACCGACCCAAGUUAGCCUUCUGUCACUAUGGUACUCCCAUUAAGAGGCAGGUGGCUAAGCACACACAUUAGCAAAUGUUUUGGAAAAAGAGGAAGGUACGGUGUGAGGACCAGGAGAUGGAAGGGGGGGUGUAUUUAGAGAACCCCUUUUUUUACAAAAGCAAUUUUCUUUUGUUCUGUGCUGCAGCAUUCCUAAUAAAGAGUGAUAUGUAAAAGAAAGCAUUCUGAAAGCGGUACAGCUCCAGAGUAUGUCAAAUCUGUGCAGUAGGGAGUUAGGGGAGGGUGGGAAAAGUGUUCUAAUAACAGAUAUUGAUGAAUGUCACACACUGCCAGUGGAGCCAGCUUUGCUUCUUGUGUGAGCUUGCAGGCUGCAUCUGUGCAUCCAUGCAGAGGGUGAGGGCUGGCCCUUGGCACGGUAGCUCCUUUUCCCAUCCCCCCCUUUUUUUCCUAGCAGAUAGUGUUUUUAUACCCCUAAGAAACAAAGGGAAAUGUCAAAACUACGUGCAGAAAUGGGAAGGAAUAGGCAAGGUCUAUAUGCAGCCCAGGAGUAUAGCUGCCUAAUGGGGAGGCAGCCAUCCCGGCCUUCACUAUGGCAAACACUCUGCUCUUGGAGGACACUGGCUGGCUGGUUUUGUAGCAUUCUUAAUAGAUUAAUGCUGACCUUACCGUACACUUUUGUUCAUUGUUGGAGAAUGAAUAAUGUUAACAUAAUUGUGAUUUCUGUUAUAUUCGUGUCAAGUAUUAAUGCGGUGGUUGCAAUUGGGCGAUGCCCGUUUGUGACUUAAUCAUUGCUCUUGUUUCCAUGUUGAUUACUUAAAAAUAAUAAAAUAGUCACUUUUCUGAUCGUUCUUUGCUGCGAAUUCAGAGCUACCGGCCAGCUUCAUUUUGGAGCUAUCAGUAGGCCAUGCCCCAAAGGAACACCGACUGCACUGAGGUGUGCUGGGAGGCUGCAGUAGUGCUGUCCCAGUAGUGCCUCUGGGAUGCAUUCAUCUGUGUGCACUGAGCCUUUGUGGGCACGGCUGGCUUAUUGUGGCACCUGUUAGCAGGUACAGUUCUUAAUUGUAUGAGUAUAGAGAGCUUUGCCUUUAUACUGAGCACUGAAAUUGUACUGGGAUAGGAGAGAAUUGGUUAGAAAUUGGGAGAAUGGGUGGGAGAGGACACUGUGUAGGUACAAAGCUUUUACAAAGGGAUUUUCCCCCAUGCGGGUUGCGCUUUCAGGGCAUUGUUAGUGAGAUGUCUGGCUGUCUCAUUGCACUGUAGGUUAGAUAGUCCACGAGCUUACAUUCCUCUUGCUUUGUUCAACAGAAUCUUUCCUGUGUAGUUCCCACAAUUCAACACCUGUGGCAUUUCCCUGGCCCUGUGGAGGGGGGUUCCCUUUUCUAUUCCAAAUACCAGAAGAACUCAUACAGCCACUGAAUAAACCUUGCUGGGGCCGCUGAGCUUUCUAUCCAAUGUGAAACUUUAAACCAGGUCCCACUGAUUCUGUGGGAUGCUCAUGUAUGUUUGGAGAUAGAAACGUGACCGAUUUUCUAUGAGAAGCUUUUAACUUCUCAAUCAUGAGACCGACUCAGCUUGUGAUUGAGGUGUUUUUCCACCGACUUCCUAAGCUGUAAAAAAGAGAGUAUGUUCCUCAACGUUUGUAAAAUAACUGCUUGCUAUAAAGCAAGGAUAAUUUCUUACAAAAUUAUUCUCCUAAUUGGAAACGCUGUUUAAACUUGGCCCAGGUUUGCAGAUAAGCAGUUUGAGAACACAGUUGUAUUACCAAGACAUAAUAUAAAACCCAGGCUCUUCAUUUCGCUUGUCCAUAUGGCCAGGCAAGAAGAGAAGCUCUCUGCAAAGCUGUCAGAAGAAAGCAUGUGUUACUGUGCAGAAGUUAAGAGUUAUCACUUGUAGCUCCACAGAAAGCCCGAGACACAGUUCUCGUGCUUUUGGUUUGGUUGGUUGGCUUUUAUUAUCUUUCCCAGUCUCUGUGCCCAUCUCUUGAACCAAAUGAAACUGGCUGGGCCUGAACUCAAGCUGCUUUCUGCCCAUACGUCCCUGAUUCCAGGACUCCCUUUGGACAAAGCAGGCACAUUUUUCACAUUUUUUUCUGCACGCUGUUGUAAUCUACUGUUUUUGUACAAGAGGUACAAGUGGAAGACAAGAAGGGAAGGGUAUGAACUGUCACAAUACCUAUCUGUAACCUUCCUGCGUCCUUUAUUUUAAGUUCUUAGAAUAGCUGCUGUCUUGGUGUACUUAUUUCCAUGGAGACCCAGAUGUCAGAAAUGUUUUAAUUGCCUGGCUGCAGCACGUAGUGUUGUAGAACAUGGUGACUUCUUAGCACCAGGUUUCCUGCCUGCGCCUGAUACAUCUAACACAGGUUUGCUUGUCCUCUUGGCUGUGAAAUCAUCACAGGGCGAUGCGAAAGCUUCUUCUAAAAUGCUGUAAUGGCAAUUUAUUUCCAUCCUGGUGAAGGUGUAGGGUCUCACAGGAAAUGGCCUGUGGAGGGAUGAAAAUAGGGGAAGGAAAAAAAGAAACGUGAGUUAUUCACCCCAAAAUAUCAAGGGGGUAGUUUUGACAUGGUUAGAAAUGAUGUUGCUUAGGCCUCUAGUCUGCUGGGGCCAAAGGAAACUUCUACUAAAGAUAUUGCCAUGUUUCUGCUGGUUUUUGGCAGUUCCUAUUACAUUAGUCCGUAUCGUAAUUGAAGGAGGUAUUCUCCAGAAUGAACUGACUUCUCCUACAUACAGCUCCAUAAUAAUAGGACAUUCUAAAGGCUGAGCUAUUUGUGUGUGAUUAACCAGUAGGUGCCAGGAAUUGUUUCCUGGCCAAGGUGAUCCAGUGCAAUUCCCAGAGAUCUCUUAACCAAUGGCUCAAGACGGCAACAGACGGAACUGCACAAUAUCCAAACACUUAUUUGCUAUUUCCCUCAUCUCUGCCUGAGUGAAAUCCACUUCCCACUUUAGGACAUAGGAGGGGACUCCACCCCUCCCUCAGCUGUUGCUCCCCCUGACUACAACACAAAUAAGAGAUGCAGCAGGUGGACUGUGCAUUCGGAAAGCUGGGAUGACAGUGAGAGCUUCUGCUGAGCUGCAGUAAGAAUCAGCAAUGUGGUGCCACGAUACUCACCAGCUGCAUCUGCACGACGCUCAUUUUGUUGAGGACAAAAUAUGUAAUGAAGGACUUAAUGGCUUUCUCUAAUUCCUGCACGUAGCUGAAGCAAGAGGCAAGUUCAGCUGGAGCUGCGUCUCACCCAGCUGCUCACAUCUGCCACUCCGGGUCCUACUGUCACCAGCGUGCUCCUGCGAGUGCUCCUUGAGGGGAUCAUUAUGCAACAGCAACAGGAUGCAAACAGUCCUUCCAACACGCCGCGUUUCCCCACUGUAGAAGAGGUGUUAGCUGUGGAGGUACGCGAUGUUCUUUCUAUAUAUAUAAGCAAACCUCAGAUUAUUAUUCACAUGAAUAUGAAAAAGAUCUUCCUCGCUCCACAGUGCGCAUGGCGUUGUUUCAAACGCGGCUCUUGGCAAGAAGUAUUUUAGGAUUGCAUUUGUAUCAAGACUUCUGAAGUCCUUCACAAAUUCUUUCACGGCUAAAUCCCAGGUUGAUGGAUGAGACAUUUCUUUUUACCUACUGCAAUUUGCUUCACUUUUUGUGAUGCGUAAUGAGAUAAAAUGUUACCAGAGGAGUGUUUGAUCUCAUUAUGCAUCCCCGAAUUUCUCUGAGCCUCUGUUCUCAGUUCAUUACCACGAUCCUGCUUUAUUAAUUUUAUUUACAGAUCAUCUCUGUAUUAGCUCCCAAGGCAACUAAACAAAGGGUGCAUUAGACAUGGAAGGUUUAAUUCAGCUCUGCAGAACCAUCCGCUGGUUUACAGUGUCAUGUGUGUGAAGCCGGGGUUUAUUUUUGUCCCAAUUCUGCUUUAUUUGAUUUUGGCCUCCUCUAAUGAUGAAUAAAAUAAAGCUUUGUCCAAAGAGA